CGAGCACCCUAAGCCACCCUGACAACCAUGGCCGUUCCUCGUCACAACUACGACCCUCGCCGGGUGUGUCUCAACCCCUUCCCCAACAUCAGCCUCGGCAAGCACAGGCGCACAGUCGGUAUCUACCUCGCCGGCGGUCUUUUCGCGCUCGCGAACUGGACGUUCCUCGACGCCGCGAUCCUCUCCGCGCAUGCGCACUCGCCCUAUGACGAGCCGGAGCGGCCAGUCCCGGUCCACGUCGCCUUCCUCGACUGGCUGCCCGGAAUCUGCUCCCUCCUGGGCAUGCUCAUCAUCAACCUUAUCGACAAGGACCGCGUGCAGGGGAACGAGGACUUUGGGGACUCGCGCGCGGUGUGGCGCGCUCGCCUGUUCCUGUUCAUUGGCUUCGCGUUCAUGGCUGGCGGACUUGCGGGCAGUGUGUGUAUCCUGGUGCUCAAGUAUAUCCUGAAUCACUACCCGGAGCAGUAUACCUAUUACGGCUACGCCAACGUCUCCCAGAAUGUCGCCUUAAUGCUUUCUUCUAUAGUGCUCUGGAUCUCACAGAGCGUUAGUACGGAGUACGAGUACACGCUGUCUAUUUAGUUACGCCUGUGUUGUGCGAUGCUGUCAUGCUGCUACUGCGAACCAGGAGAAUAUAUGUAUGAGUGGACACUGG